ACCUGUAAUCACUCUACCUGUCCUUCCAGCACACACCUAUACUGCUGUCACACCUCUCUCUCUUCUUAUUCACCUGCAUUCACUAACACACACACACACACAGAAAACUAGUGUGCUUGUGGUGCUGGGCCAGCAGUCGAGCGAGUGAGUGGAACAGAGAGGACAAGCCUACCUCUACCACACAAACAGCGCAACACCAGAGGAGUUGGACUUAACACUACACAAAAACACUUAAGUCACUUUUAACAACAACAACAACAACAACAGCAUAAAGAAUUAAAAUAAACAUUAACAAAACACAAUCAGAACGACAAAAAAAAAAGAAACAGUAAAACCCGGGAAGAUAUUUCAAAAUUCAAUUCGGACUAAAAAUUGGCGGAUUUAAAAAGAAAACCUCAAAAAUAAGUUUAUAAGGAAGAACGUGGGAACGAAGAAUAAUACAUCGACGGAAAAGGAACAUUACACGGUUAAUAUUAAAACAAAAGAAUAAUAAUAAUAAUAAUAAUAAUAAUAAUCCUUAUAAUCAUAAGUAUAACGAUAUUUGAUCUUUCUGGUUAAUUUUUUAAUUUCAUCCUGAUUCACUGGAUUUAAUAUCCUUUAUACGGGUCCGUUGGAUUGGAUUAUAAAAUUAGAUCUUCAACUGAGUUUGGUUUCACACUUGGUGCCUGUCUUUGGCAGAACUGACUGCAAUCGAGAGAUAAGAGGACACAGAAGUUCCAGAAAAAGAAGGGAAAGAAGAAUAAAAGCCAAAGAAUGUUUCGGAAAAAAAAGGAACAGUUGUCCAGUCGGCAAUUUUAUGUUCAAUUCCUUGGCUGGUUACCAUGCACUGGAAUCCAAGGUUCCGAGUACACAACACCAGCGAUUACCGAACUGAAAAAGAGAUUGAAAGAACAUUCAAAUCUUCCGAAAUUGACAUUGAAAAUAAACAGUGAAGGCCUUGAGGUAUCACCAAUCAAUGAUAAUUCAAAGAAGAAGCCGUCGAAUCCAAGGAUUUUUCCCAUUAUGCUCGAAGACAUAAUGUUUGUGGCCUUAGAAUGCAUGGACUCAGACAUAGUGGCAUGCAUCUAUCGCAACCGCAAUGCACUGAAGGCGCAUUUUCUACAAGUGCACGUUUACCGAUUUGACUCACCAUCAACUGCUUCACAUUUUGUACAGAACAUCCACUUCAUGACCACCACGGAGGCCCAUCUGUCACAUGUGAGACACAUUGAAGACUUUCUACGUAGAGAAGUUGUAGGGAACUCUCCUCCUAUACAACCAAAAUCACCUUUAACGGGAACGGUUUCGAGUGGGGGCUCUUCAAGCAAUGCAGCAUCUGACGAGAAUGUGCCGGUUGUUCAAGAGGACCCACAGGUACAAGCAAUCACCGAUGAAUUAAAACUAAAGUUUAAGACAAAAGCUACUCCGAUCUUACUUCCAGCAAAGGAUUACGACACCGUUCGACGGAAACAAGGCCAUAUAGAUAAAAUGGGGACACGAAAGUGCCGCAAUGAAAGAGUUGUAGGUGCACUUAGAUCCCACUUUAAGGAUAAUGAUGAUGAUGAUGAGGAUGAUGAUGAUGAUGAUGACGUCGACGAUGACAACAAUGAUGAUGAUGAUGGUACUAAUGGCCAAGGCCCGCGCUCACCUUAUCCUCUUUACCCUAUAAGAAAAUCUCCAGCCAGUUCAUCUAUUUCUCCUGAAAGCAAAAGUCCUCGUUCACCAGAAUUAGUGCAUUUGAGGGAUAACAGGCAUCAAAGGCCUGGUUCCACACAUGGAAGUGAUAGUGGCACCAGAAACAGUGCUCCACCUUCGAUGGUUCCACCUUCGAUGGUUCCACCUUCGAUGGUUCCACCUUCGAUGGUUCCAACAUCACCAGAGAGAAAGAUAUCGUACCAUGAGCAAAAUGCCGUUUUCCAAUUUGAUAAGCGUUAUCCACAGAACGAAUCUAAAAACAGCACGGUAUCUUCCGAUCGCAGUGGAUCAUCACGCCACUCCAAUCCUCCUAGAAACCCUCUGCCCACGAUGCCAAAACCAAAAUAUGAAAUUCCGCCCGAUUAUGACGUGUCCCCGCAAGUAUUCCGGUAUCAAGCUCAGCUCAACCAUCCUGGACAUGGCUACUACAGAGAUGAUCUUCUUGUCCCUAAUCAUAGCAGGGGUUAUCCACAGGGAGUCCAAUACCCACAACGGCCGUACAAUAGUAACAUGAAUUUAAAUAUGAACUAUCCUCAGCCCCACAACGAUUAUUCGGAAUUAUAUGCAAGACCUGCCCCACGAUUGAGAAGUCAUAAAUUUAGCAGAUGAUUUUUUUUUUCCUUUCUUUCCUUUCAAAUUAAAAGUAGUCCAAAA